GUUAGAGAACACCUUAAACCCUUGUCACUGCCAAAGCGCCCUUCACGGACGUCACCCUUCUCUAAAACCCUAAACCUAGAAUUCGUCCCUCUCCGAAAUCCAAAGUUUCAACGCAGCCGGAUCCAGCCGCAAUGAGAAAACCCAAAUCGAAGUGCUCCCGCAAGCAAAAGGACCUCUCGGAGCUCCAGGAAAUCGAGCUUCUGAAUUCAUGGAUUGAAUCCCAGAAACCCGAUUGUGGCUCCAACCCCAUGUCUCUCCCCGCCUUGCCCUCCGACGCCCCCGUCGGCCGUCCCGGUGACACCUUAUUUUCUCCCUACGCCGGCGGCACCAGAUUCGAGCAGCUGCCCGUCUCUAAGAAGACAAAGGACGCCCUGCGCCAGUGCAAGUACGUUGAAAUGACAGAUAUUCAGAGGGCUUCUUUGCCCCAUGCGCUGUGUGGCAGAGAUAUUCUCGGCGCCGCCAAGACCGGGUCGGGAAAGACUUUGGCUUUUGUUAUUCCGCUUGUGGAAAAAUUGUAUAGAGAAAGAUGGGGACCUCAGGAUGGGGUAGGCAGCAUCAUAAUAUCUCCAACAAGGGAGAUAGCUGACCACUUUGAUGUGUUAAAAUUGGUUGGGAGGCACCAUAACUUUAGUGCUGGUCUUCUAAUUGGUGGUCGCAAAGUUGAAGAAGAGAAGGAGCACGUAAAUGACCUGAACAUACUGGUUUGCACUCCAGGACGGCUUCUUCAGCACAUGGAUGAAACCCCAAAUUUUGAUUGCUCACAACUUCAGGUUUUGGUCCUUGAUGAGGCAGAUCGUAUUCUUGAUGUCGGAUUUAAGGACACACUGAAUGCAAUCAUUUCACAGCUACCUAAAAAAAGACAAACGUUUCUCUUCUCAGCAACUCAAACAAAGUCGGUUAAAGAUCUUGCAAGACUCAGUUUGAAGGAUCCAGAAUAUCUCAGUGUGCAUGAGAAGGCUGUGACAGCGACUCCUACUCUUUUGCAGCAGGCGGCAGUCAUCGUUUCACUUGACAAAAAAUUAGACGUGUUGUGGAGCUUCAUAAAGACACAUCUAAAUUAUAGAAUUCUAGUGUUUCUAUCAACCCGCAAACAGGUAAAGUUUGUCUAUGAAGCAUUUAAAAAGCUCCGUCCUGGAAUACCCUUGAAGUGUCUUCAUGGUAAGAUGAAGCAAGAGGGACGAAUGGGAACGUACUCACAGUUUUCUGAAAAACGUUGUGUUCUCUUCUCAACUGAUGUGGCUUCAAGAGGCCUUGAUUUCAACAAGGCAGUUGACUGGGUUGUUCAGGUGGACUGCCCAGACGAUGUUGCAUCUUACAUACACAGAGUUGGACGAACUGCUCGUUAUCAAUCUAAAGGGCAAUCACUUUUAUUUCUGAUGCCUUCAGAAGUAAAAAUGCUUGAGAAAUUGAAGGAGGCAAAAAUACCUAUUAAGUCCACCCAGGCUAACCCGGAUAAACUGCAACCAGUGUCUGGGUUGUUAGCAUCUUUGCUAGUCAAGUACCCAGAUCCACUUCAGGGUCUAGCUAAAAGGGCAUUUAUCACGUACGUGAAAUCUAUUCAAAAGCAGAAGGACAAAGAGAUUUUUGAUGUUACGAAUUUACCAGUUGAAGAAUUUUCAGCAUCACUGGGUCUACCAAUGACUCCUAAAAUUCGUUUUGCAAACCAGAAAAUCAAGUCGAAGAAAGUGCCUGAAUUAUUUCCCCUUGUUGAACCAGAAAGUUGGGACAAGGAGGAUAGGUUGGAGCUUCCAAAAGAGGAGCUCGAUAUUGGUGAUUUUAUGGAAGAGGACGGGGAGGAAGAUGCUCUUGUAAGAAAUGCUACUGCAAAUGAGGCAGAGGGGGAAGGACGAAAAAUCGAAGAUAUUAUACCGGCUACUCGGGUUUCGAAGAAAAAGAAGUUAAAGAUCAAUAUCCAUAGGCCAGUGGGGACUAGAGUCGUCUUUGAUGAGGAAGGCAACACGCUACCUCCAUUAGCAAGGCUGGCUGAUAUCAAUACCAGUGGUCUGCCUGAUGAAAUUCAUGACAUGAAAAAUGACUAUUACAAGAAGCUUAGGGAAGAUAUGAAGGUGGUGGACAAGGAAGACAAGGUUCUAGACCGCCAGCGUCGGCGUGAGAAACGUUUGAAGCAUAAGAUGAAGUUGAAGAGAGGAAACACAGAAGAAGAUUCGGAGGAUAAUCUUUCUGAUUCAGAAGGAGAACCAGCUGAGGAUCGACCCCGCAAAAAGUCGAAGAUAUACUUUGGUAGUGAUGAUGAAGGUGAGAGAGAAGAAAGUAAGAAGAAACUGGGUUUCACUGCUGACUCAAUGUCUUUAGAGGAACAAGAAGCUUUGGCUCUCAAAUUAUUAAAUUCCAUGCACUCAUAAAUUUUGACCUUUGUUGAGCUUAAUGAUAUUUUCUAGUUUUUCUUUUUCUUCUGUGUCUUGAGUAAAGUACUAAAAUGUAAUGAUCUUGAAAUUUUAAGGUGAAUUUAGAAGUAUUAUACCUUUU